AUGUACUUUGUCGAUUUAUUCAAUCAACGUCGUCGAAAGACAGAACCUAAAUUUGUUCAUAUCUUAAGAGCAUGUAUAAUACUAUUAUUAUUAGCUUUACUUUUAGCAUACAUUAUAUUUUUGAUUAUUGAAGUGAUUAAUAGUGUGCCAGCUAUACAGUUUUCAAUAAUUGAAACUAAUGAAAUUCCAUUUCCCGAUAUGGGAUUUUUCGCCAAUUUUUCAUUCAAUAUUGAAUGUCAAUUUAAAAUAAAUACCGGUAAAAUGAUUGAAAUAAUAGAUAAUAACUGUAACAAUUCUUUUAUACAACCCCAACAGUUAUGGGAUGAUCCCCCCGGAUAUUUUGGAUACUUUAUAAAUAAUAAUAAUUUAAAAUUUACAAAGAAUACAAAAUCUGGCAAUCAGUUUAUUGAAAUAAAGUUAUCUGCUAAUUCAUAUGGUGAUUUUAUUGAAAUUUACCUUAUUGAUACAGAAUUUAACCCCUUAAAAUUACAAGAUGGUAAAGUUGAUUUAGAAUCUAUUCAAAUUAUUGAUCACAUUAGAGAAUUAGUCGCAAACAAUAAGUAUUAUCUUGUCAAUAAUCAGGUUUCAUAUAUAGGAUUGACGAGAAAUCAACAGAAAAAAAUUCAUUCAAGAUUCAGUGGUAUUCUUGGAGUCAGUCCAUCUUAUAACAACCUACAUCGUAUUGUAUCCAACUUUCAGAGCUUACCCUUUCCUGCAGCACCAAGUACCGAAUAUCAUAGUGCUGUUGCUAUAAACGUAGCAAGCUUCCGUAUGCAAGUGGAGACUGAACAAAGAACACGGACUUUGCUCGGUAUAGUUGGCCUUAUGGGCGGUGCAUGGGGCUUGGCUUCGGCAUUGUACGCGGCUCUAUUUGGCGUGGAUAUGAUUCGUCCUUGGGGUUGUUUGCAGUCUUAUUGUGGAUUAAGACGUAGAACAUAUAAUAAAUUUAAAAAAAGAAUUCCAGUACUUCCAUUAAUCAAUUCCUCUUCCUCAAUGACGGAGUUAAAUUCUAAUUCUUUAGAUGUUAAAGAAUUACGUGAUCACAUAAUUUCUCUUGAAAUAUUCUUAAAGGAAUAUGUUGUAGAUGUAAAAUUUUUGGAAAAAUCAGAAAAUAUAGUUCAAAAUGAUAGGAGUGAUGACAAAUAA